UGUGACACAAAGGUUUAUUUUUUUCUGGUUUCCUAAAGUAGCAAGAGUUAUCCAAUUUAAUGUCACCCCCUCUCAAAUGGUUAGCUUACAGCUACAUAUAUCUAAUUGAGUGUACUCGUCUUUAAUUGCAAUCAAAUUCUUUCCUUCCUUCCAGCUCCUGCAUGCCCUCUCCUUUCUCUUUCAUGUCAUUGAAUUCUUGACAUUUGGUUAAACCAAGUCAAAUUUCCAUUAUUUCCUAUUUUCUGGCGGCUAUUCGAACAUGUAUGUUUCUCAACUACACCCACCUUGACUUAAUCAAUAAGUUUUGUAUUUCCUUAAUUUUUUAGAUCAGAUAAACGCGGCUAAGAUUUCUAUAUCUGAUCAUGGGAUUGAAGAAAAUCAAAGACCAAGUUAAAUCCAUCGUUGAAAAAACUUUCAAAAAUCCUAACGAACUCUAUAAAAACUCACCACCGUCUUCAUCUUCCUCACAAUCCUUUACCAUGUCUUCAUCCUCACAGCCUUUUCUCUUCCCUUUAACCCAAUCCACUGUUCUCCCUGACCCAUCUUCCUUUUUUGCCCCUCAUCUUCUCUCAAAUCCCUUACCCACCAAUUCUUUUUUCCAAAAUUUUGUCCUCAAGAAUGGUGAUCAGCCUGAAUUCAUACACCCAUAUAUUAUAAAAUCUGCACUUUCAUCUCUUACUCUUUGUUACCCAUCUCAGUCUCGUAAUCCUGCUUUCAAUUACCAGAAUUUUAUUGCUGAUUUGACUGUCAGUGUGUUGAAUAAUCCGAAUCCAAAUGCACCCCAUGUAAUUUCAUCUUAUGAUGAUCUUAGUGUCACAUUGGAUCUUCCUUCUAGUAAUCUUAGGUUCUUUCUUGUUAAAGGUUCGCCCUUUAUCACAUGUAGUGUUAUGGAAAAUGUAUCGGUUUUGAUUUCGACAAUUCAUGCUAUUCUUGAAUGUUAUCCCAAUGGUAAUCGUACUAAAUAUACUGUGAAGCUUAACAAUGGGCAAACUUGGGUUUUGUAUGCUUCAUCUCCUAUUGAUUUGAGUCAUGAUGAGUCUGCUAUUAGGACUGGUGUUUUUUCGGGUAUUAUUAGGAUUGCUUGUUUGCCAAAUUCUGAUCAAACAUGUCUUGAUCGAUUUAGUUCUUGUUAUCCUGUAAGUGGUAAUGUUGUUUUUAGUCAGCCAUUUUGUUUGGAGUACAAGUGGGAGAAAAAGGGAUGGGGUGACUUGCUUAUGCUGGCUCACCCCCUCCAUCUUCAGCUGCUUUCUGCUGCGGAUUGUGCGGUAACUGUCUUGGAGGGAUUUAAGUACAAUAGUAUUGAUGGUGAGCUUGUUGGUGUUGUUGGAGAUUCAUGGAUAUUGAAGAGUGACCCUGUUUCUGUAACAUGGCAUUCCAUUAAAGGUGUUAAGGAGGAGGCAUGUUCAGAAAUAAUUGAUGCUUUGAAUAAGGAUGUUGCUUCCUUAGAUUCGAAUGGAAUAGCUACGACAUCUUCUUAUUUUUAUGGGAAAUUGAUUGCUAGAGCAGCAAGGCUGGCAUUGAUAGCUGAAGAGGUUUGUCAUCUUGAUGUUAUCCCGGCAAUCCGUAAAUUCUUGAAGGAUACAGUUGAACCAUGGUUGGAGGGGACAUUUGAAGCAAAUGGUUUCUUUUAUGAAUCGAAAUGGGGUGGAAUUGUGAGUAAACAAGGGGCUUCUGAUUCGGGAGCUGACUUUGGUUUUGGGGUCUAUAAUGAUCACCAUUUUCAUAUUGGCCAUUUCCUUUAUGCAAUUGCAGUGCUAGCCAAGAUAGAUCCUAUCUGGGGAAGGAAAUAUAGGCCACAGGCUUAUGCACUUAUGGCGGAUUUUAUGAAUUUAAGCAGGCGAUCAAAUUCAAAGUAUGCACGCUUGAGGUGUUUUGACUUGUGGAAACUGCACUCUUGGGCUGGGGGAUUGACAGAGUUUGCAGAUGGGCGGAACCAAGAGAGCACAAGUGAAGCAGUUAAUGCAUACUAUUCAGCAGCUUUAAUGGGUUUGGCCUAUGGGGAUACCCAUCUUGUUGCCAUUGGAUCAACCCUUUCAGCUUUAGAGAUUCAUGCUGCACAAACUUGGUGGCAUGUGAAAGAGGGAAGCACUUUAUAUGGGGAAGAAUUCACAAAAAACAACAGGGUGGUGGGUGUUUUAUGGUCUAACAAAAGGGAUAGCAGCCUUUGGUUUGCUCCGCCUGAAUGGAAAGAGUGCAGACUCGGAAUUCAGGUCUUACCAAUAUUGCCCAUUACUGAACUUCUGUUUUCAGACGUUCAGUUUGUGAAGCAGUUGGUCGAAUGGACACUGCCAGCUCUGGCAAGGGAAGGGGUUGGAGAAGGGUGGAAAGGGUUUGUGUAUACCUUAGAAGCAAUAUAUGAUAAAGUGGGUGCUUUGCACAAAACUAGGAACUUAACUGGGUUUGAUGACGGAAAUUCUCUUUCAAAUCUUCUGUGGUGGAUUCAUUCUAGAGAUGAUGAAGUGGGGGGAUGUGAUAGAGGAAACAAGUUCUGCUGGUUCAGACACUACUCUCAUUGAUUCUUUUACGGUGUGUUACAUUUGAGUAUUCUCAAUAUGAACUUAUAGGAACAAAAAAGGGUGUUUUGUUUGGUGAUUUGGUAUUUGUCUUUUCUUUAUCUGUAUAUAAAUUGAGCGCUAGUCCGCAGCUCAACUCUGUGAUAUGAUUGCUAUAACUUUUCCCAGAUCUCGAGUUGUUAUAAAUAAAAGUCCAACCUUGCCAAUACCCA